AUGGACCAAUUUAGGUUGACUUUAGGUCCCCAGAAAGACAUUGAAAUGAUGGUUGUCGAUUCUUAUAAAGAGUCAGGAAAGGAGACAGUGUGGUCUCGACAAGAGACAGGCGGCUCUGACAAAGAGUUGGGCGACAAGAUGAUUUGGUCUCGACAAGAGACUGUCGACUCUAAGGAAGAGUUAGAUGAUGUCUCUCUAGAAGUGUUGGCUCAGAAAUCCGAGUUGAGCAAGAAGGAGUCUCGCUCGAAAAUAUUGAAUACUCCUGCUGCCUCUCUCGAGAGGAAGGAAGAUGUAGUGAAGCUUGAAGAGUCAGGCUAUGAAGAAGCUGGCUCUGUCCACAGUGAUUAUGGUGGAAAUAGGAAGUCUAGAGCCAAUAGAAUAACUGGCAAAGUGUCCAUUGAUGCCACUCAAGAAGAUGCACAUGAGUCCAACCGUGAGCCCAUUGACAUUGACCCUCUUGAUGCCCUCGUUGAUGGCGAUUGUAUCUCACUAGAUGAUGAUGAAGCCAAAGGUGAUGAGAACUUUGCAAUUGAGCACGAUAAUGCCAUGAAGAAUGACAACCAUUCGUCAAAGCCAUCACAAGACAGACCCCACACCCAGACUGCAGAGGUAGAUGUAGCUCAAUGGGUAAAGGAAUGUAACGAAGCUUAUCGUGUGGAUGAAGAUGACAAAGACGCGAGACGAUGCGAAGGCAGCUUUGCCCAAGUCAUAUACGCCAUAUGCAACUGGGCCACAGACAUCCCAGACACCUAG